AAAACGUACCAUUAUCAUUGUUUGAAAGAGUGAAUAUCUCCCAAAUAAGAGCUUUACGAUAACAGCUCUGAAGGUAGCUGAUUGUUAAUAUUCUCAUCUUCACAAUCUGGUCGUAACCAGCAAAGCAGAAUUUGCCCCCUCAACGCCCGUUCACAAUGAAAGGCACCGGCAUACACAUGCAAGACAACGACUCUGCCUCAGAAAGUUCCACCCAGCAUCCAAGCCUUACCCCACGAACAAGCGGGGCAUCAACUCCAGAUACCCUCGAACAUGAACAUGAUCGUGCAUUCGAUCAUACCACACUAGAAGAAGACUACUUCAACGAGCACCUACCUCAAUAUGAAGCUGAAGAGCAAGAUCAUCCGGCCAGAGAUCAGGCCCGCGAGAAUGAUGCUGGGUCUCCGUUUUGUGCUAUUCUUCCUCAGCGUCUUGCAGGCUGGAUGGAGAGGGAGAGUAGAAUCAAGCUCUCUCCUCUUGCUGCUGCCGCUCUGAUCGAUGCAGCUAUUUUGACUCCAGACAAUCUUUCCCUAUACCCACCCCGCUCUCACACUCCACCACCCGGACCCACAGACCCGAUCUCAGGCGUGCUCUCCGCCGCUCACGGUACACUUGGCGGCGUCAUCAUGGGCGUCGCAGAUUAUCCCAUUGAGAUAACCAAGAUGGCGAAAGCGAACCGCGACGUCGCAGCUGGUCUCGCUACAGACUUUGCGCUCGACAGCGGCAAGGGAGUCUCGAGGAUUGUGGGCACGGGCUUGAAGGCUCCGAUGGAUAUGACGUUGAACAUAUCCAGGGGCUUUGGGAAUUUGCCGAAGUUGUAUGGUGAUGAGACGGUGAGGAAGGAGGAGAGAGUUACGGGAAUUACGAGUGGACUUGGUGCUGCUGGGAAGGGACUUGGGCUUGGGUUGUAUGAUGGGAUUACAGGGCUUGUUACUCAGCCUAUGAAUGGUGCCAAGAAGGGCGGGCUUGGAGGGUUCUUCGCAGGAGUAGGAAAAGGUCUUGGAGGGGUGGUGUGUAAGCCUGCUGCUGGAGCUGUUGGAUUGACUGCAUAUACUUUCAAAGGAGUCUAUGAGGAGGUCCAGAAUAAGCGAGACGACUUCUUGAAGUCCACGCAGCUGGGAAACGGUAAGACUGAAAGCAGGAAGUGCAGUGAAGAGGACCGAUUGGCUAUCAUUGAGAACUGGUAUUUUCUCGUCCAAUCUGCUGAGGCACGGGAGAAGACAAGGUUCCACUGAAGCUCCGUCAUUUGGUCUAGGAAAAUGUAAAAGUCAAUGCUGUCAUCCAAGAGCCUUAUUAUAUGGUUCUGAAUUUCACAGAUGGCACAUUUCUGAAGCCUCUAUAGUCAUCUCCAAUUUCUUUUCGGAAAUCCGUCCGGCAAGUACACUUUCAAAUCAAUGAAUCUGCAUCGGUACAUUUGCGGAUAAACGAACUUCCCUUGUCACAGAGGGGUGAGGAGGGGUACUCUAUCUCGCUUAAGAACGAUGCCAAGUGCUCAUUGGUGCGCAUACAAUGGUCGCGAUGAUCACGUCCCUGGGAGCUUGUUCCCCAGGACUCCAUAUCCCCCGCAUCUCUAGUGUAUUGCUGUAAUUAUUCCGUUCUGGGGUGGAUAGAAUAAGACGGGAUGAUGUCAAUGACUAGCUUGAACUCUGAAUUGGUGGCGGAUAGAUCAGACGGACUCUGCUUGUCAGAAAUGUUCCUGAGUAGCGGCGAGCC